CUCAUAACUCAACUGUCAUACAAAAUUCACCAACCUUACCCUCCGUUAUUUGUCUGCGCGAUCAACGUGCUUUACCUGCCUGGAUCAAAUCGUAGAGCUGCCGGAAAUUGGAGCAUACAUCUGCCACGCCUACUGCAUAACAACGAGGCCGCAACCAUGAUCUUAGAAGAACAGAGAAUCCUCCACGAGGAUCUCGAAAGGCUCGAGCAGGCCAUCAGCGACAGAGUGGCUGAAGACCCUAGGCAGGUAAGGCCAACCAUAUAUAUCAUUGGUUUUGCAGUAUCAAACUAACAUCUGCAGGUACGAGAAAGAUUAAAUCGGGACCACCAAAUCUCAGGCUUUCUGGAUCGCAUCCAAGUCCAAUCCAAAAGAUUACUCGAUAUCUACAAAGAUGCGGACGGCACCCGAACGAAAGAAAUACAAUCGAUAUCCACGGGCGAUCCUCUGAAGGAAUUUUAUAAUCAGCUAUCUGACAUCAAGACGUUCCACCAGAAAUACCCCAAUGAACCAGUCGAGAAUUUGGAGAAGGCGUACAAGAAGAAGGCACCGGCGGAGGGAGAGACCAUGGUGUCAGAGGUUGACAACAUGUUUACUGGAGAGGAAGCUUUCGGCCGUUUCUUUGAUCUUACGACCAUCCACGAACUUUACCUCAACUUACCAGGGAUCAAGCGUCAAACCUACCUCCAAUACCUCGAUUCCUUCGAUAGCUUCACACCUCCACAGUGCAACAUCAAGCGCCCAGACAAGAUGACGGAUCAGUAUUUUAGAUAUGUUGGUGAGCUUGCAAAUUAUUUGGAAAGCUUCUUACAACGCACCCGUCCUCUCGAGAAUCUAGAAAAGCUGUUCACCAGCUUCGACGAAUAUUUCACGAAAGCUUGGGAGAAUAAUGAUGUUCGUGGUUGGGCUCUGGAGAUACCUGCGCCAUCAAAUGCCCCAGCGGGAGACGUUAUUUGGUGUGCGGAUUGCGAAAAGGAGUUUAAGAACGAGAAUGUUCACAAGGCACAUCUGACUGGGAAAAAGCACAUUCGGGCAGCAGAAUUAAGGAAAGCACGCCAGGCAGAAAAUGGAGAUGAUGCCAACAAUUCUGAAAAACGAGGUCCAUCCACCUUGCGGCUGAAGGAGAGGGCCAUUGCAGAACGAGAACAUAGAGUGAAACGUCUUGCUGCUGCGAUGUCACAGGAGAGAAGCGAUACCCGUGUCAAUAUUGAGAGAAGACAGGGAAUGACUGAGCGAGAACGCCAGAUGGAGUUAGAUGCCCUUUUCGCCGAGUCGACCUCAGUCGCGCCACAAGGUGGGGACUCAGACAGCGAAUCUGAUGGGGAUGAGAAGAUAUACAACCCGCUGAAGUUGCCUUUGGCCUGGGACGGAAAGCCAAUUCCUUUCUGGCUGUACAAACUUCACGGUCUUGGUGUCGAAUUUCGAUGCGAGAUUUGUGGAAAUUAUGUUUAUAUGGGAAGGAGAGCUUUCGACAAGCACUUCAAUGAAGCUCGUCAUAUCUACGGCCUGAAAUGCUUGGGCAUCACAAAUACCACGCUUUUCCGUGAAAUCACGGAUAUUGCGGAUGCUGAAAAAUUAUGGGAGAAGAUUACGCGAGAUAAAAAGAAGAACAAGACUGAUGAAGGAAGUGUGGUGCAGAUGGAGGACGCUGAGGGGAACGUUAUGCCUGAGAAGGUUUAUUAUGAUCUUCAAAAGCAAGGUUUGCUUUGAGCCUGCUUUACGGCUGAGGACUGUACAAAAGUAUGUAUUCUACCAAGUUAAGGGGAGCCUAGAUAUAUGACUUCAUUAAUUGCCAAAUUGGUCCGAU